GAAAUUUGCCAUUUCCACAAACCAACUUAAAAACAGCAUAAAAUUUUAUUAGCCAAAUCUAUGUGGGAAGCAAGAAUGGAAGAUUAUAUGUUGCUAUACUCAUCUUUCCUCGUUAUCUUUCUCCUCUUGGCUUUCAAGCUUUUCUCACCAACAAAAUCUUCAAGUAAAACCCUCCCUCCUAGCCCGCCUUCUCUUCCAAUUUUGGGUCAUGUCCAUCUCCUCAAAGAACCCCUUCACCGAUCUCUCCAAACUUUAUCCCAAAAAUAUGGUCCCAUAAUCUCCCUUCGAUUUGGGUCUCGCUUGGUGGUGGUGGUUUCCUCUCCAUUAGCCGUCAAGGAAUGUUUCACAACAAAUGACAUCAUUUUCGCCAAUCGCCCAAAAUUGCUAGCAGGUAAAUACAUAGGCUACAACUAUAACAUGCUCGGGGCAGAUUCAUAUGGAGAACAAUGGCGCAAUCUUCGCCGCAUCGGAACUUUAGAGAUCUUCUCUUCAAAUCGCCUAAACAUGUGUUUAGACACUAGAAGAGAUGAAAUCAAGAUUUUACUAGGCAAACUGUAUCAUAUAUCGAGCCGUGGCUUUGCUAAGGUAGAGAUUAAGUCCAUGUUCUUGGAGCUAACAUAUAACAUAAUUAUGAGAAUGCUUUCAGGGAAGUGUUAUUAUGGUAAAGAUACUGAAGAAGCAAGAAGGUUCAAGGAGAUUGUAGAAGAAACUUUAAGAUGUGCUGGGGCAGCUAAUAUUGAAGAUUUCUUUCCAUUUCUGAGAUGGGUUGAUUGCCAAGGGCUUAUAAAAAAGAUGAAGAGACUUAGGAAAGAGAGUGACAUGGCGUUGCAAGCUUUGCUAGAUGAGCAACGUAAUGAUGGUUCAGAUACUAGAAACAGUACGAUCAGUCAUCUCCUUUCCUUGCAAAAAUUGCAACCACAAUAUUACGCGGAUGAAAUUGUCAAAGGACUCAUUCUGGCCCUCAUAUUGGCCGGAACAGACACAUCAGCUGCAACUUUAGAGUGGGCAAUGUCCAAUUUGCUUAAUCAUCCAGGAGUGUUAGAAAAGGCUAGAGCCGAAAUAGAUGCUAAAGUUGGGCAGGGUCGUCUAAUAGAUGAAUCGGACCUCUCAAAGCUACCAUACCUUCAAGCUAUUAUAACAGAAACCCUUCGCUUGUACCCAGUUGCACCACUCUUAAUUCCACACAUGUCGUCUAAAAACUGUAGUGUUGGAGGAUAUGACGUGCCAAAGGACACAAUGCUGUUGAUAAAUGCAUGGGCGAUACAUAGAGAUCCCGAGGUCUGGGAUGAUCCUGAAAGUUUCAAGCCUGAAAGAAUAUUAGAGAAUGGAGCUGGAAUUGAUGGCUACAAGAUAUUGCCGUUUGGGAUGGGAAGGAGAGCAUGUCCCGGUAUGGGGAUGGCUAAUCGGGUGAUAGGCUUGACUUUGGGUUCUUUGAUUCAGUGCUUUGAAUGGGAAAGGGUAGGUGUUGAGGAAAUUGACAUGAAGGAAGGCAGUGGACUCACCAUGCCAAAAGCCCAGCCGUUGGUGGCCAUGUGCAAACCACGCCAUUUUAUUGAUGGGAUUUUCAUUGGAGAAGCUCUCUAGAAUUGUCAUGAAGUGCCCAACUUGUAGCAUAAGAGAUCAAAUAUUCAAUUCACUUCAACUUGUUUACUGUCUCACUUAGUUUCUCAUGAACUCUUCCUCCUCAUUCACUAUGUAGAUCUCAAAUUUUUCAAUAUUUGACUUCUACAACCUUAUAUUUUUAUUAUCUCCUUUAUUGGCCUCGGAUCA